AUGGUUAUACAUCGAUCUACUGGUACCAAGACGAUCUGGCGGUGCGGGGGCAACCUGACAGUGGUGGAUGCGGUCGUAAUGGUGUAUUCGUUCAAGGGUGUACCUAACGACCCCUCACGUCAGUGCUUCCGCCCGAACCGAAGUUUUGAUAGAAUCUUCCCCACCGCAAGCAUGCUUCCAGGCGGGCAGCUAAACAUGGGUCUGAGCGCUUUGGGACCCGAGAUGAAUCGCGGGUUGCACGCGGGUUCCCUGCCCGCAGCGUGUCAUAUGCGCAGCCACCCGUCCGGUUAUGCACGGAAGCCUUUCAUUUCGCCCCCUUAG